UUUUGUCCCAUUUGUGGCUUUUGAGAACAACAUGCGCUCAGUCCCCGCGAGGUCUGAAAGACUAACUGUGUCCUCGGUCCUGCCCAGAGGCACAAAUUAUGCUGGUUGCCUGCUCGGAAAACAAAGCUUUAGACCAGAGAUGAAGACACAGAAGAAAGGCCCUGUAAAAUCCAAAACUAUUUCCCAGAUGGUUUUACUUCUGUCUCUUGGAUUCUUCAAUCCAGGUGUGGUUCUGGCCGUGAAUAUGACUAUUCCCAUCACUCUCAUCAGAGGCACAGUAGGAGGUGAAGCGCUUUUAUCGGUCCGCUACAGCAGCUUAAGCCUUGACCGGCCCGUGAUCAAGUGGCAGCUGGAGAGAGAAAAGCUCGUCACUGUUGUUCAGUCGAUCGGUACCGACAUCAUCGGGACCCCGAGGCCCGAGUAUCGCGAUCGGAUCAUGGUGUUCGAGAACGGGACGCUGCUUCUGCACAACCUGAGGCUGUCUGACGAUGGAACCUACGGCGUGGAGAUCUCCAUCACGGACGACAUCUUCACAGGGGAGGGCAGCAUCACCCUCAGCGUGGACGAGUCCAUAUCUAAGCCGUGGAUUCACGUGGCGUCUUCAUCGGUGCUGGAGCUCAGUGAAAACGUCGUCCUCAACUGCUCCCAUGAAAAUGGCACCAGAACCACAUACGGGUGGUUCAAAGGUGGGAAACCACUGAGCAACGAGACCAGGUUCACGCUGUCAACAGACCAGAAGCUCUUAACAAUAAAGAGGGUCCUAAUGACAGAUGAUGACGUCUACAGCUGCGCAGUGCAGAACCCAGUGGGCAGCGCAGAGAGCCUCCCUCUCAGACUCACUGUCUACAAAAGAAGCUCCCUCUAUAUCAUCAUUUCCACCGGAGGCAUCUUCCUCCUCGUCACCUUGGUAACGGUAUGCGCCUGCUGGUCGCCUUCCAAAAAGGAAAGACAUCGACCCAGAAAGCCUCUGUCUAGAUUUUACCGUUCUCAUCGGCCACCGAUCAAACGUACGGGCGAUGCGCUGCCGAAGCUGACAGAGCACAAUGGAAUAAAGGCAGUAACGUCACUUUACAUUCUGCAGCAAAAGGAACCCUCGUUGGACGACUCAUCCAGCAACAGCAUCGGAUCUCCCUCAGAACAAGACAACCCGCCGUCUUACACGUCUUUCACCGAAACCGCCGGCCCCACGGCCUGCUCCCACAUGUGCCCCUGAAUCAUCACCCUG